AUGCUGCCACCUCAACUUCAGAGUGUUCGAGGCUCCCACUCCUCCUCUCCUGCUGUCUCGUCUCCACUGCAACACCUUUAUUUCUUCCCAGCGUUUGUCUUCCUCUCCUCCCCCUCUCCGCCUUCCACUCCUCCACCUCUGGUCCCGUACUCCUCCUCCACCUCUUUACUCACCCGCUGUCCCCCUCUCUCUCUCCCCCACGACUCCACCAGAUGGUUCAUGUUAUAA